CGUAGCGCUGUCAGCUGUUCUUGUUUUGCUUCUGUUUUCCCGUUCUUUUCCUCAAGGGUCUGGAUAACCGACCUCCACAAAUACCCAGUGAAAUCAGCUAGUAUUUGUUCCGUAGCGGAGAAAAGCAGCCCCCCUGCUCCAGCCGCCCACCGACCUUCCUACAGGUCGGCAUUUCUCUCACAUUGGAGCCGUCUUCCGCCGACAUCGAGCGAAGAGGUGCAGCCGAUCCCAGGCCUCCAAUCCAGGGCGGAGGGAGGGAAGGAGGUAGCUGGGAAUCGGGAUGGAGAGCGGAGAGGCGUGCCCCGGCGGAGAGGCAGCGGGGCCCGGCGGAGAGGCAGCGGGGCCCGGCGGAGAGGCAGCGGGGCCCGGCGGAGCGGACGGGCCGGGGCUGCAGUUCGGCUGCGCCUCCUUUAACCAGGACUCCACGUCACUGGCUGUGGGAACAAAGACUGGCUACAAGCUGUUCUCUUUGACCAUGGUGGAUCAACUGGACUGUCUCCAUGAGAGUGCAGAGACUCCAGAUGUGUACAUCGUGGAGCGUCUGUUCUCCAGCAGUCUGGUGGUUGUAGUGAGCACCGCCAUGCCGCAGCGCAUGAACAUCUACCACUUCAAGAAGGAGACGGAGAUCUGCAAUUACAGCUACCCCAACACCAUCCGGGCUGUCAAGCUCAACAGACAGAGGCUGGCGGUGUGCCUUGAAGAGUCCAUUUAUAUCCACAACAUCAAAGACAUGAAGCUGCUCAAGACUCUGCUCAACACUCCGUCCAACCCCUCAGGUCUCUGUGCUCUAUCUAUCAACCAUUCCAACUCCUACCUGGCGUACCCCGGCAGCGCCACCACCGGGGAGAUCAUAGUGUAUGAUUCCAACAACUUGAACACAGUGACCAUGAUCCCGGCUCACGACAGUCCUCUGGCAGCUCUCAGCUUUAACGCCUCGGCCACCAAACUAGCCAGCGCCUCAGAGAAGGGAACCGUCAUCAGAGUGUUCUCCAUUCCUGAGGGCCUGCGUCUGUUUGAGUUCCGCCGGGGUAUGAAGAGGUACGUCAAUAUAAGCUCCUUAUCCUUCAGUCCUGACAGUCAGUUCCUCUGUGCAUCCAGCAACACAGAGACGGUGCAUAUCUUCAAAAUGGAUCAACUGGGACCAAGUGGAGGGGACGAGGCGGCCACCUGGACAGCCUACGUGGGGAAGAUGUUCUCAGCAGCCAGCAGCUACCUCCCGGCUCAGGUCUCGGGCAUGAUGAGCCAGGACCGGGCCUUUGCCAUCGUCCACCUGCUGACAUCCGUCCAGAGGAACGUCUGCACCAUGGCUAUGAUCCAGAAGCUUCCACGGCUACUGGUGGCCACCGCUGAUGGUCAGCUCUUUAUUUACAACGUGGAUCCGCUGGACGGAGGCGAGUGUAUGUUAGCCCACAAACACAGGCUUUUUGGUAUAGAUGAUAACGUGGACGAAGGAGAAGAGUCAGAGGGGUCAGAGGUCACAGGGCCAGCACAGGCGUGUCCAUCCUACGCUGCGACCGCUGCCUUACCAGUCUCUGGUCCCACCACUGCUACCCUCACUGGCUACUCUGAAGAUGGCGGGGCAAAGAAAGGCGAAGUCAUUCCAGAACACGAGUUUGCUGCUGGACCUGUGUGUCUGGACGACGAGAACGAGUUUCCUCCUAUUAAUUGGUGCCGAGACGGGACUGGAGGUGGCCCGGCCAGGCGCUCCUGAGUGGGUAGAAGGACAGAUGGACAGACACAGGCACUGGUGGGAUGAACAGCAAAAAAAAGUAUUUCAAGGUGCCAAGUUUUUAUCCACUUGAGAGCAAGUACUAUGGAUGAACAUACAAGGUGACGUGGGAAACCAAACACUGACCAAGAAUGACAUUUUAUUUAGUAAUCCAGAGAGAGCCAGGUUCUGGUCCUCAUGUUACGUAAUGCUAAAGAUACCCUUCUGAUUUAGUCACAGCACCUGUAGACCUCUAACCUUCCUCCGUCCUGUUGAGUUUCAUCUGUAACCUUGGAACUAUAAUCAGGGAGUUUGUGUUCGGGGAGUGUUUCCUGGAAGUAUGAGGUGCAUGCUGGAGCAGAAAUAUAACCACAACUUUCAUAGCUUUUUUACUUGACGAAUAUCUUUAGUAAGUUGCAUUACUGUAGCACAUUUGUUUUCUCAUUAACACUAUUUUAGUUCACUUCCAUGAUGAAGACUUGUUUUCAUUUGUAUUCUGUAUUUGACUGCAUUGACAUGUAGUAGAUGUUUCAGUGUACGCCCCCUGGUACAUUUCAGAAGGUGUGUAUGUGCUGUAUAUUUGUUUGUGCCUAUUAUCAUUUGGAGAAGAGCAAAUUAUUUUAAAGAAUUGCACAAGACCAAAACAAGUGAAAUAAAAAAUAAACAGUGAAGAAAAAAAUGAA